CGGGCCAAUGUGUCUGACUUUCCACUAUAGCUUGCUUUCCCCUCUCUUUCUUUUCUCUUACUUUUCGUCUCUUUUCCAUUUGCUCGACAUCGUGUGCACUAAUAUACACGACCAUCUCUCGUUCUACGCUUCAGCUACCGAACCGUGACCUCUGCACAAUGGCAUGAAUACCCGGUAUACUAAGCACCUAUAAGGAUGACAAUUUCCCAGUGUUACCUGAAUACCCAUUCUUGCUCGACGGAACAUUCAUUUUGUUUGUCCUUCGAGUUCCACUAAUAGGGAUCUCUGUGAGUGUAUCUGACAUACUGUGGCGAAGCUUGAAGCUCUGGCUUUAGAUCAGGAGGUGUUUAGAUCGUAUAAUGUGCGACCCGACCUCGUGAAUUAGACGUUGAUAUUUUAAAGGGAACAUGAUAUUUUAUGCCCACUGCGUAUUCCUGCCAAGCGUUAACAGCAGACAGUUUGUAAUCUACAGCAAUUUUGUGUGCAUACUGUUGUGAGCCGCCCUUACCUGAAGACCUUCCGGACGUUGCCAUGGAUUCUGCUGCAUGGAAUUGGUUCUGUGGGAGUAACGCCUCAACGUCGAAUCAAGAAUGUGUUGUAGACGCCAUCAUCUCAGUCCCACCCGUAACGUUUUCUGUGUUGGCCAUCCUCACCAUUAUCAUCACCCGAUGUUGUUGCGUCAGAGGAAAAGCCACCCCGUACCUCCUCCGAUAUCCCGGGCAUUCCAUAAGAUGGAUAAUGAGCCUAGCGUUUAUCGCCGUGUCUCUCGCUGCAAUCGGCGAAGGCAUACUCAGCGAGGAAUCUUUCCGAAAGGGGGGCGACCAUCCCCACCCUUAUCUGUACCUCAAUGGUGCCUUCCUUCUACUCUCUGGAAUCAUAUCCCUUUCAUAUUACCAUUUCUUGGAGAAGAGACGGACAGAACACUUGUCGUGGUUACUUCUAUUGUUCUGGUCGGUAUCCAUAGUAACCAUGUCAUAUCGCCUGCAUCAUUUUCUCAACGACGAUCUAAUUGGCGAUAGCGGAACGUACAAACUCGACAUCUUUCGAUAUGAUGUUACUAUAGUGUUCUUGGUGAUAUACUGCAUUUUAUUCAUUGUGGAAUUCAACUUUGUUGUCAAAACGAUAUGUUGUUUCGAGUCAUCCAUUGACGCACUCCCUGCUGACUUGAGACAGCAGAAGAUGAAGUAUUUGUCCAAGCAUUCGUCCUUUCUCUCUGAAGUGACGUUCUGGUGGGAGAAUUGGCUUUUCAAGGCUGGUUACAAGAAGAUCAUCGAGGUCGAAGAUCUCGGUAGCAUUCCCGAGAUUCACACGUCGACAUACAACCAUGAGAGGUUCAGGAAAGUCUUCGACAGAGAAAAGGAGAAAUGCCGUCAGUCAGGUAAACAGCUCAACAUCUUCAAGGUGAUGUGUAUUACAUACGGCCCGACGAUUGCUUUCGCUGGUCUCCUCAAGAUCAUUGGAGAUCUAUUGUCAUUCAUUGGACCUCUGUCCAUCAGCGGAAUUGUGAAUUUUGUCACCAAUACGUACUAUUUACCUGAAGAUGCUCAGCGUGAGAUUGUUACUCCCCAUUUGGUGACGCCUUCAGAGUUCUUUGCUAACGGUUACAUUCUGGUAGCAGCCGUGUUGGUGUCGUCACUGAUACGUCACACCUGCGAUCAGUUCUACCAAUACAUUGUCUCAGUAGAAGGUCUACAUGUUCGUUCGGCGAUCCAGACGAUGGUGUAUUGGAAAUCGAUGAGGAUGUCAACGUAUGCGAUGUCGGGUGGGAUGAUGACCAUGGGUCAGAUCACCAACCACAUGUCCGUCGAUGCCAACAAUAUCAUGAUGUUCUUCCAGUUAUCAAACGAGAUUUGGGCGGUACCUUUGAAGAUUAUCAUCACUCUGGUUCUUCUUUAUCGUCAGAUGGGCUACCCUGCUCUCAUCGCAUCAAGUCUCUUCUUUCUCUCGAUUCCAAUCCAGAUAAAGAUUGGUGUCACAGUUGCUGGAAUCAUUAAGAAAGUUCUGCAAUGUGCUGACAAAAGAAUGAAACUAUCAAACGAGCUGCUACAGGGUAUUAAGCUUCUGAAAAUCUACGGUUGGGAGAAGUUAUUUUAUGGUCUCAUCAAACAAGCAAGAGAGAAAGAGCUCGCACAGAUCUUCAAGAUGUACAUCGUUAUUUCAGUCAAUUUUGUUAUCAACUCCGGGGUCCCCGUUAUCGUCGCGCUGGUGGCCUUCGGAACGUACACCAGCAUCACUGGGAAACCAUUGACCCCCGACAUCGCCUUCACAACCCUCUCACUAUUCAACCAGAUCGUUGCUCCCCUCUUCAUUCUCCCGUUCGUCAUCAAUCUCUUCGUCAACUGCCUCGUCAGCUGCGGACGUCUCAAGACCUACUUCCUCGCUCCGGAGAUCGAGGGCGACGGCGAUGACGAUGGAAAAGAUUUUGAGACCACAAUUCCGAACGGGAAGGGUACGGCGUCAAAUGGAUAUAGUGUCGGCUACCAAAAUGGCUUAGAGGUGGAGGUUCGACAUCCGAAGAAGGAGAAGAAGACUUUUUGGGUCCACGAGGAUGAGCUCCCAGACUCUGACCGGGCACCGCUCAUAGCCAGCACCACAUCCUAUGGAUCUGUGGACUCCAGAGGCAGCAUGAUUACUUCAGUCUGUGAAGAACUUCCUAAUGACGUAGCUAUCAGGGUAACGGAUGGUAAUUUUACAUGGGACCCCAUCGCCUCCACCCCUAUCCUGCACGAUAUAAACGUCGAUAUUCCGAUUGGUAAGCUUACAGUGAUAGUCGGAACUGUUGGAAGCGGGAAAUCAUCUCUCCUGCAGGCGAUAAUGGGAGAAAUGACCACACUUUCCGGAAACGUACAACUCAAUAGAACACACAACGAUAUUGCCUUCGCCGCUCAGAAAGCAUGGCUGGUGAACUCGUCAUUGAAGGACAACGUCUUGUUCGGAGAAAAGCUCAGGGAUUCCAAAUAUCGUAAAGUGAUUGGAGCAUGCGCCCUGAACCCCGAUAUUGACAUGUUACCAGCUGGCGACCAGACGGAGAUCGGUGAGAAGGGUAUCAACUUGAGCGGUGGGCAGAAACAGCGAGUCAGUGUGGCAAGAGCGCUAUACUCUGGUCGAAACAUUGUCAUUCUGGACGACCCACUCUCUGCCCUGGAUGUUCAUGUAGGAGCGCAUCUCUUUGAGCAUGGCAUCUCUAAGAUCCUAAGGAAACAUAACCAGACUGUGAUUUUAGUAACUCAUCAGCUCCAGUAUCUACCAGAGGCAGAUCAGAUCAUAGUCAUGAAGGACGGUCGGAUCGUAACCAUCGGCUCACCAGAAGAUGUGGCCAUCACCGAUCCCUCCCUGUGUUCGGAGUGGCAAAAAGCUGUAACCAUCUUCAGCGAGUCAGAGGCUGAGUCUGGGGCCGAGUCAGAAGGAUUAUUGGACGAGAGGAAGGCACUCAGACGUCAGGUAGCCCGUUCGAUAUCGGGAGGCCAUGCGGAUAAGUGUCCUGAAGAAAAUGAAAAGGGGCGUCUGAUAGCAAAGGAGGAGAAGGAGAAGGGCUCCGUUUCGUAUCGGAUGUAUCUCCAUUACUUCAAGGCUAUGGGAUACGGUCUGGCACUCUUUGUUUUAUUCACCGUGGUGACGAGAUCAGCCAUUCAGAUUUCAACAAACUUCUGGCUUUCUUCCUGGUCUCAAUAUGACCUCAACUUGACAGGGAAUGCAAUCGACAAGUCAUCAUAUUGGAUCGGUGGUUAUGCUGGUCUUUCUCUCAGUACGUUGUUUAUCACUUCGGUCUCUAUAUUCGUCAUUGCCUACGGAGCCUUGCAAGCCUCAAGGAACCUCCACUAUGCUCUACUUGAUAACAUCAUCCACAUACCAAUGAGGUUCUUCGAUACAACGCCCAUCGGCAGAAUUCUCAACCGUUUCUCAAGUGAUACCCAACUUAUUGAUCAGCGUUUAGUACAUACACUUCGUCUCCUCAUCAACCUCGCAGCCAACGUGGUCAGCUCCCUGAUCGUUCAGGUAGUCGUCGUCUGGUACUUCGUCUUCUUCUUCAUUCCGAUAUCCUUCAUUUUUAUCUUUCUGCUGAUGUACUACAUAGCAACUUCAAGGGAGUUGCAGCGGGCAGAGAGUGUCUCUCGCUCCCCGGUCUUUGCCCACUUCUCAGAAACCCUAGGCGGUCUGUCCACGAUAAGAGCAUACAAGGAUGAGAAAAGGUUCUUCAAGACAAUAAUGGAGCGCAUCAACGUCAACAAUACCGUCUUCCUCUAUCUCCUCACAUCGAUGAGAUGGGUCGCUCUCAGACUGGAUUAUCUUGGUGAUUUCGUGGUAUUUUCAGCGAGUUUGUGCGUCUUGCUCGGAGCUGCCUAUUUGGGUAUUGACGCUAGUCUUGUCGGUCUGGCUAUUACAUAUUCAUUAGAGGUUUCACUGUAUAUGAACUUUGUAGUUCGUCAGUGCUCAGAUCUGGAGCUGCAGAUGAACGCAGUAGAACGUCUUCGUUUCUACGCGGAGGUACCAACUGAAGAUUAUGAUGGUCUUGAGCCCCCUCCUGAUUGGCCGGCUCGUGGUGAGAUUCAAUUUGAUGAUAUCAGUGUGAGAUAUUCACCCGACCUAGAUCCAGUAUUACGUGAAGUGUCACUCAACGUAUGCUCUCAGGAAAAGAUUGGCAUCUGCGGCCGAACAGGGAGCGGCAAAUCGUCACUGACACUAGCUCUGUUCCGUAUGAUAGAUACAUUCAAGGGUAGAAUUUUAAUUGACGGUAUUGAUAUUGCUGCAGUUCCGCUCCGUACGCUCCGUCAACGACUCUCCAUCAUCCCCCAAGAUGCCAUCCUCUUCACGGGAACCAUCAGGUACAACCUGGACCCGAUUGGUACAAAAACGGACAAGGAAUUAUGGGAAGCGCUCGAUGUAGCUCAGCUGAGGGAAGUCGUUUCCAAUAUUGAUGCAGGAUUGGAUUAUGAAGUGACCGAAGGAGGAGAAAACUUCAGUGUUGGUCAGCGUCAGCUCUUCUGCCUCGCCAGAGCUUUUCUCAGACAUUCAAAGAUUAUUGUCAUGGAUGAGGCGACCGCUUCCAUCGACCAAGAAACGGAUUUGAUUCUGCAAGACGUAGUGGCUGAAAUCUUCCAGGACAGGACAGUUCUAACCAUUGCACAUCGUGUGGCGACGAUAUUGAACUCAGAUGCGAUCUUGACGCUGAGUGACGGUCGUGUGGCAGAAUUCGAUACACCAGACGAUCUCCUACAGCGAGAUGACAGCAUUUUCGCUUCGCUCGUGAAAGCGGGAAAGUAAUUUAAGGGAAGUUGAAGUUGUAGGCUUGCAAUAUUUCACAUAGUUCAUCCUUUCUUUAAAGUAUGAAUUACUGUGUGAAUUUGAUUAUACGCCUUAAAGGAAAAAUAACAACAUAUUCUUAAAGAAAGCAGAGAAAGCAGAGAAAGCAGAGAAGGAGAUUGAUAAAAAUUUGACCUAAAUCGGACAAAUAUUAAAGAUACUAUGUCCCUUUUGCAGCCAAGCAGGAUUUAUGAAUAAGUCACGUAUGUCCUAUCUGUGAAAUUUAAACGUUAGCAGUGUCCUAAUAUUCAAAUUAUGCAAGGAAACCCGUUUUCUUGCUAGACUUCACUGUCAGACAAUAUUGUCAGUAUUGAGUGAGUGACUGGCUCUUUUCUUCUUUGGUAACUAACAUACAUAAAAUGAGCUGUAAAUGAUUUGUCUACAUCAAUAACCUACUUCUUGUAAUGGCCAAAAUUAAACUGAUUGAAUCUUUGCGCAGCAUAAAACGUACGACCAUGCGGUACAAUGGUCUGAAAAUCAAGAUUAUUACUUAUUGGCUCUAUAGCUCCUAAGUCGAUUUGGCAACUAAUUGUCGUUAUUGUCCCUCUAUAAAUUUUCAAGCCCCCCCCCCCCUUUUUUAAGGGGAGUUCUA